GACGUUGUCGAGUUAGUUGCGAAAUUGUCCCCAAAAAAAAAAAAAAUCACAGAGAGGAAAAUACUUCUGCAAAUCGACGGUGCAUCCCUGCCAGCUUGCUCGCCGGGAGCCUCGCCCUCGCUCCCUCUCCCUCUCUCGGCAACAGACUCGCUGCUCCCUCAGCAGCUCAUAGAUAAUUCCACACAGUAAUUACAUAUUUUACUAAUGCUUGAAAAACUAACCGCAAUCUGGAACGGAUUACCAAACAUCUCUCAGUUGUGAGCGUGUAAAGAGAGAGAGAGAGAGAGAUCUUGAAGGAGAUGGAUCUCAAACAUUUCAGUCACUGGCAUCCAUUGAUCUUCAUAGAAGAAGUGAAAAAUGAAGGUAAGAAGGAUAUUAUCUGCUCGGGAUGUAAUGAACCGAUAUUGGGUCCCGCCUACAAAUGCUCUGAAUGCAAUUUCCUUCUGCAUCAAUCGUGCACGCAGCUACCUCGCGAGAUACAACAUCCCUUGCAUCCAAACGAUGCCCUUAUCCUCCAAGCACCUUCGGCGAGUAGUCGUUGUGAUGCUUGCCGGAGAUUUUGCAGCAGAUACUUCUAUUAUCGUUGUGACUGGUGCAAUUUCGAUCUUGACAUUAAGUGUGCCUCUCGUUGGCAAAUUUGUCCUGACAAAUGUCAUCAACACGCAUUCGUCCCCAUUUUGAACCAAAUCCAAUUCGCCUGUGAAGCUUGUGGCGUGGAACGCAAGGAUAUUGCCUACCUAUGCAACAUAUGUCGACUCUUGGUUCACUAUGAAUGUACUGAAUUCCCUCGUACCAUAAAAAUUACAGGACAUGAUCACUCGCUCACUCUAACUUAUUCUCUUCAUCAAGUCAAGGAGGACCACAACAUAUUCUGUAAACUUUGUUACAAAAAGGUGAACAUAAAGUAUGCAGCUUAUUAUUGUCAAAGAUGCAGUUAUCUUGCCCACUUGAACUGUGCAACUGACACUUUGUUUGAAGAUAGAAUCGCGGACUACUCGAUUACUGCAGAUUUCAACUCGUUCUCGAACAAUUCCAAUGAUUUUGUCAACCUAAGAGAUGGUGAAGGAGCUAGAGAGAUGCAACAUUUCAGUCAUCAUCACAGCUUGAACUUCAAUGAAGAGGAGCUCAAGGAUGAUGAGCUUUGUGAGGGAUGCAUGCAAUUAAUCUCGGCACCAUUUUACAGUUGCCAACCAUGUAAGUUCUUUAUCCAUAAAAGAUGUACUGAGUUACCCAAAAAGAAGCGACACCUACUCCAUCGGCAUGUGCUCACCCUUCACUCACAGGCACCUUCCAUUGAUGGCAUGUUCUAUUGUAAUGCUUGCAAGCAUUAUCGCCAUGGCUUUACCUACAGAUGUGAUGAAUGUCAGUACAACCUUGACGUUCAGUGUAGUUCAAUGCCAGAAUGCCUUAAACAUGAAGGUCACGAACACCCCCUCUUCCUCGCUAUAAAUUCUGAUGAAGAAUGCAAUGCUUGUGAUUAUAAUGAUGCCCACCGCGUAUUUGUAUGCACGGAUUGCAGCUUCACUUUGGGUUUUAAAUGUGCAACUCUUCCGCUCGAAGUUGUACAUAAAUACGAUAUGCAUCCCUCAAGCUCACCUACACUGCUGAAGAUGACUCUGGAGAAUAUUAUUGUCAAAUUUGUGAAGAAGAAAGAGAUCCAAAUCACUGGUUCUAUUACUGUGAAGAUUGUGACUUUGCUGUUCAUCCCCACUGCGUUCUUGGAGAAUACCCGUAUAUUAAAUUUGGAAGCAGUUAUACAAAUGAACAACACCCACAUCCUCUAACUAUUGUGCAAAGGAGUAAAUACUUCCCUCCGUGUGACGCGUGUGAUUUACAUUUCGAUGGCGUGGCCAUAGAAUGCACUCAAUGCAAAUUCAACAUUCACCCAUGGGAUGAUUGUUUGUGGAACCUUACUCAAGAAACAGUUAAGUAAC